AUGUGGGGAUACUAUCGCGGUAAAUCUAUUUUUCUGACUGGGGGUACAGGCGCUUUGGGGACGGCGAUCCUAUGCAGGCUCCUUAGCCAGGCAGCGCCAAAACGAGUCUAUGUACUCUGUCGCGAAGGGCCAGAGACUGCAUACGCGAAAUGGCAGAAAUUACUUCCAGAACCCAUGGCCGCUGCGCUCUUCCAAAGUUCAUGCGUCACCUUUCUCAGCGGGGACAUCACGUUGAAACAGAUGGGCUUGCACGAGACCGACUGGCGACAACUCAAAAAAUCCGUACAGGUCAUCAUUCACGCUGCAUCGUCGAAUAGCCUAACGAGCUCGCUGCAAACACUAGCAACAAAUAUCAUCGCACCAAGUGUAUCAUUAGCGGAAACGGCAAUGGAGUUCGAGGACUUGCACAAUUUCGUUUAUGUAUCCAGCGCAUACGCGAACGCCCACCUAUGGAAAACAAGCGACCAGUUCGAUGUCCCUGUGAAAGAAUGCAUCUACUCACUCGGGCCCCACGGCGAGGUUUACGAUCCACAGAAUCUGGGCCAAUGGGCAGGAUUCGGCCCUCAAACUGAACACGAAUGGAGAAGCGUCUUGGAUACGGGGACGAGUAUCGAGUUCGACUAUAACGAUUUCCCUUGGCCAUACGCCUACGCCAAGCAUCUCACGGAGCGCCUUCUCAUUAACGCAUUCAUGCAGAAUGAAGCUACGGGAAAACUUCUAAUCGUCCGACCGUCGUCCCUCGGUCCAGCAGUCAGUCAACCGUAUCCAGGGUACUCAAGCUCGACUUCCACAGCGUCGACCAGACUAGCCGCAGCGAUUCUUUUAUAUGCCGGGAAGCACAUGAAACUUCCCACUCGAAGCACCGAUCCCGAAAAUGAAGUGACCCUGGACGAGAUCCCGAUCGAUAUUGUGGUCGACCGCCUGUUAGCACACACUGCAAAGGGGACGUACGGAUGCGUACACGCCGUCGCUGGUAAAAAGGCCCGUUUAUCAUUUGCCGAUUGGUGGCCUGCUGUCAUGAAAGAGCGCCGUCUUCCAUGGCUCGUGAAACCAGAGUGGACAUCGUUAGAUUGGCACUCGCCAAAAUUGCAUCCGAUUGCUAGACUCUACGUUACGCUGGGAACAUCCUUUGAGUUUGAGGAUGAGCAAGCGAAUAAGCUUCUCACUAAGCUGAACGCGCAUGAGAAACUUCAUCUGAAACUGUUUGCCGAUGAACUUGAUGAGAAUCGUCCUUAUGAUUACAAGAUCAGGAGGCAUAGAAUUCGUGAAAUGGCGAUGGCACUUGCAAAAAAGAAGCAUCUGCCGCUUUGUUUUGUCAAAUGGUGUACUCGGCCGGGAAAACCAAGAGAGAAGAGUGUCUCGUGCAAAGCACAGCAGUAU